AUGGAGAACGAGUCUAAGAAGGACGCAGGUGGUGACACGGAGAACAAGUCUGAGGAGGAUGCAGGCCAGAAUGAAGAGACGUCCGAAAUCAGUGACGCUCCGGAGUCUGUGUCACUGGCUGAUGCCUCAGCAGAGAAGGCCACGCAAGGUUCUGACACUGACCUCAAGGUGGAAGAUCCUGAGAAGGCCUUUGCACGCAUUAUGGGCACAGACCUGUACUUGGAAGCAUGCAGGCUGAUGGAGGUGGUGCCUGUCUCACACUUUAUUCAGAACUUGGCCAAGCCUUACAUAAACCUGAACCAUCAUGGUCUAGGACCCAAAGGUGUCAAAGCCAUUGCUAUUGCUCUGGUGUCCAACGCAACCGUCACCCAUCUAGAGUUGGAAGACAACUACAUUCUGGCAGAAGGAGCCAUAUGCAUAGCAGAGAUGCUACGAGAGAAUUCCUCCCUUCAAAAACUGAACAUCUCCAAUAACCACCUAGACACAGCAGGAGCUGCAGCCAUUGCCGGUUUGCUUUUGGAUAACAUGUCCUACCUCCAUGCUCUUCAGCUUUCAGGAAACAACUUUGGAGAGGAGACUGCACCAUUCUUUGCUGAGGCAUUAAUGGGCAAUUACCAAGUGAAGGAGCUGGACCUCAGCCACAAUGAGUUCUCUGAGAACGGAGGACAGCUCCUGGGACAGAUGCUCGCCAGCAACGCAACACUGGAGAUUCUGGACCUGAGUUGGAACCACUUGAGGAGGAAGGGAACAGUAGGACUGGGCACAGGUCUCAGGGGCAAUGUUGCACUGAAAAUACUCAACCUUUCUUGGAAUGGCAUUGGCAAUGAGGGAGCACUGGCCCUAGGAGAAGCUCUCAAAGUCAAUAAUGUGCUGGUUCACCUGGACAUCAGCAACAACCAGAUCAACAACGAGGGAGCCAAGAAGCUCUGCAGAGGCCUUGAAGUCAAUGGAAAACUCAAAAUCCUGAAGAUGGCCAGUAAUCCCCUGACCUUGGAAGGUGCCACUGCGCUAGUCACAUCUGUCAGAAAGAACCCCAAAUCCAUGAUGGAGGAGAUCAACAUCCCA